AUACUAUCGGUUGGCUUCCGUCCAACUGCCAGACAAUACUGUAUAAGUGGACAUACAGGUUUAUUAUAGCGAAUAUACCCCCAAGGCUAGGCCAUUCUGCGUGAAAAGAGUCGUACAGGUGGUAGACGAUCAACAAAGUAACCGUGUCUAAGAUAUAAGUGUCUACCACUGUGCCAUCAGCAAGGACAAAAAGCCGCCUCUUGGGUUUUAGAUUUAGAUUUUUGGAAUAUACCAAGAUGGGCUGCUCCACUUGUGCCAAGAUAUUUCUUGUCUUGAUCAACAUCAUCUUUGUGCUGAUCGGACUAGGUUUGUUGACUGUGGGCUGUAUGCUGAAGCUUGGACAGGUCGAUUUACUGAAUGAGCAGCUGAUGAACUUGAUGAGCAGUGUUGACGGAAAAGUCAUUGCUGAUGGCAGCGUAGACUUGGGCAGUUUGGUCGGUAAGGCUGCAGUAGCACUAAUCAUAUCCGGUGUCAUCAUCUUUAUCAUUGGCUUUCUUGGAAUGUGCGGUGCCAUGUGCACUAUCAAGUGGAUGCUUUGUCUGUACGCUGUCAUCAUAACAGUUAUCAUUUUGGCGGAAGUAGUCGGUGUAAUUCUUCUUUUUACGAUGACAGCUCAGAUUGAAGGUUUUAUACAGUCAUUCCUAAGAGGCACGUUGAAGAAAUCAUACGCCGGGGCUAAGUCAAACGAUGCCGCUUCUCUGGCCUGGAAUUACGCAUUCACCGAGUUGCAAUGCUGCGGGGUUACUAAUUACACGGAUACUCACCUGGCCACCAAAUGGAACCGGACCGUACAGGACCCUAUAACUUCUGCCAUUCGAAGACUGGAGACUCCUCUGACGUGCUGUAAACUUAACGGGACUUUCCCUGACUAUGAGCUGCCGUCGUCCUAUGACUGCGCCGUGACACCAGUUCGGCGCAAUUCCAACUACGACACGGAUUGCUACAGUGCUGUAAAAGACAUCGUCCUGGGUUACAAGGGAAUCUUUAUCGGGGUAGGCGUCGGGAUACUGGUUUUGGAGCUGCUGUUGCUGAUAUCGAGCAUACUGGCGUAUAAAUCGGAAGACUCCAAAGUUGGGUCCAUGUAAGGUCCAAACUGACCAGCGUACACAACGUGGGUUUUUAUGGUUGUUGGCCCAAACUGAACAUCGUACCAGACGUGGAUUUUUGUGGUUGUUGGCCCAAACUGACCACAGUACCCGACGUGGAUUUUUGUGACUGUUGGCCCAAACUGACGUCGGUUUUUAUGGCUGUGCAUACGUCACUUACACGUAGUGUAUAUAUAUGCAUAUAUAUAUCUCUUACAACGAUGGAUGGUCAAUCUUCUUACCGAAGAAAACAUGAGGUCAUCCUAAGUCAUAUUUAUUCGCAUAUCCAGUUUAUGUAAGCAGGGUACCCUGGAAACUCCAACACACGAUGCAUGGCGAUACAUAAUUUAAUAUUUCGGGUUUUGUUUAUAUCAUUUUCAAAAAGGAAAUCCUAAAUUCUUGAAAUUGGUUUACAUACAGAACAAAAAUACUGAAUCCUGUAUCGCCGUUAGUCAAUUGCAGGAGCACGCCUUCUCUACUUAGUGAACUUUAUUAGUGGAAAUGGAAACAGCUAAUAUAAAAUAAUUUACUCUUAUGUUUUGCUAUACUCGGAUGUGUCUUUAUUUUCAGCCUUGUUCAAUCCACAUAAACAUUGUUUUGAUUUUUGGUAUUUUGUACACUUCUGUACCAGAGCGAAGGCUGAACCAGAAAUAUAUCUUAGACCAAAGGAAAUCCUAAGGUAUCUGAUCACUUCAAUCCGUUAAUUUUUGACCUCUCUCAUUUUUGGUCGGACUAGUUCGUGCCAAAGUCUUUUUGGUCGAAUGGACCAAAUCCUUGUAACAGUGUACUGUACAAAAUCGCUGUGUAAAUAUACAACCUUUUCCUGUAUUUCACGACGGAUAAAAUUACUGGCACUGUAAAUAUUUACAAAUUGAGUACAUCUACGAAAAUGUACUGCGCAAA